AUGAACCCUUCCUCCACAGCCUCCACUUUGAGGUUCGAUCCAUCAGCUUCACCUCUUCAUCCUCCAUCGGUUACUCACAACGCCCGACUCUGCGCUUGCUUUUCCGGCCUCACAGCCGGUAUCCUUGGUCUUACCAACUACUCUGGCUUUUUACUUUACCUCAUCACUUCUCUUCUCUCAGCUAUCUUCAUAUCUGUCCUGAAAUGCGGUCUCGACCCAUCAAAGUAUGUGGCCCAGGCGCAUAGUCCUACGGGUGGUAUAAAACCUUGGAAGGCUUGGUGGGGAUUGACAGGACUGGGACAGGAGAGUUUGUUAGGAUUUUUGUUGUUCUGGAUCGGAGGAUACGGGCUGAUACAUGUCUAUGAUUAA